AUGGCAGAGGAGGCAGAUGCACAAUCCACUGCACAGCAGCUGCACGAGGAGACCCUGGAGCAACUGGAGCUGAAGCUGCAGCAGCUGCUGGAGACAGCGCUGGUGGCGGCGGACGGCCCGCCCCCGACUCCCAGGCAUCACCACCCCAGCCACCCCCACCUGCUGUACGACGGCGCCAAGUACCGCAACAGGGAUAAGCCUGCCAGGGAUGGUUCGCUGCCACAGAAACAGUUCCUGGCCCGAGAGUCGGUGCUCACGGAGAUGCUCAAAGUACGGCACUUUCGCACCGUCUACAACAUCUUCAUCGCUACGCUGCUCAUGCUCUUCCUGCAAACAGCAGUCUACGAUUUUGUCAUCGAAGGGCGAGUGAAGCUUGGCCUGUCGCUGGUGUGGUGGAACUUUUCCGGGUACCACACGGUAAUCACCACGUGGCUCUGCAUGCAGGCCGCCACCUGCUGUCUGUACGCCGUCUUCUGCCGCUGGUCUGCGCUGCGGGUCGCUCUGCCUACUAAAGAUGCUGCUUCAGGGUACGGGCGACGCGUUCUGGACCUUGGUGGCCUGGUGUGUCUGCUGUGGUUCCAGACGCAGUUCUUAGUGCUGCCGGCGCGAAUCCUGUAUGCCAACAGGCUGCCCCCCGUAUCUGCUAUGAUCAUUCUUGGUGAACAGGUAAGGAUGCUGAUGAAGACGCAUGCGUUCAUUCGUAGCAACGUACCGCAUGUUCUGGCGUACAAGCCACAUACAGAGAGAAAUUCCAGGCUGGUUCCAGAAUUCAGCAAAUUUCUGUACUUCAUGUUCGUGCCUACACUCUUAUACAGGGAUUCGUAUCCAAGGACGAAAGAAAUCCGCUGGAUGGUGGUAGCCUGGCACUUGGCCGAGGUGUGCGCCGUCAUUCUGUUCGUCAGCAUCACCUUCGAGCGCAGCCUGCUGCCUCUGUUCGUGGACUUUGGGAAGCACCCUCCAUGUUCCCGGUCGCUGAUCGCCGCCAUUUUUGGAAGUAUGGUGCCGUCUCUUGCUGUGUUUCUUAGCUGCUUCUACUGUGUACUGCAUGCGUGGCAAAACGCAUUUGCUGAGAUGAUGUGUUUUGCUGAUCGCAUGUUUUACAAGGACUGGUGGAACGCGCGGUCGCACGCGACGUACUACCGCACGUGGAACGUGAUCGUGCACGACUGGCUGUACGAGCACGUGUACCGCGACGUGAGCCGCCUGCUGGGGCCCGGCCGCCGCCCCCAGCCGCUGCUCGCCGUCUUCCUGCUGUCCGCCGCCGUCCACGAGUACAUCGUCACCUACACGUUCGGCUUCUUCUACCCCACGCUCUUCGUUGCGUUCGGCAUCUGUUCAGUGGGUCUGGUGUUCGUGACGCACGACCAGCUGAGGGGCGGCAACGUGAUGCUGUGGCUGCAGCUGAUGGUGGGCACCGGCCUGCUGGUCAGCGCCCACCUCAUGGAGUGGGAGGCCCGACAGCGCUGCCCUCCCGCAGUCGUGAGUACUCGCAGCUUCAGUAGUGGUGGUGGUGGUGGUGGUGGUGGAUUCAUCUUGGGAUUUCUACGUUCCCCGGUCAUGGUUCUGCUUUUCCUCAUUGGAGGGCAUCUGAACUGUCAAGCACUAACACCAUGGCGCUGGCUGCUCAUUUGA